GUUGCAACGUAUGGUGACCGCGUAUAGUCACUACGGACCGGCGUGUUUAGAUCUUGCCGAAGCUGUUCAGCAACAGGGAUCGUUCAUUGAGAAGAUGGCAGAUCUUGGAUGGACCAAACCGGGAUGCUUUGAGGAUUCGAAGGACUUCGCUCCACUCUUGAGCGGAUUAAUGUCCCGAGGACUGACAAAGGUUGCCACACCUUGUCCUCUUCUUCAUUCUUCCGGCUUCCUUCUCUCCAUCCCUCCUACUCUACUGUUUACGCAUAAUUUCCUGGAGGAAGCUGGCUCGGUGGACCAGAUGGCCGGGCCUUUUGGGUCGCGCGAGAUGUCGAUCCUUGUGUGGAGAAUCGUCUGUAUGACCUCAGAAAGUGGUAGCAUGAUGGGAGACGAUGGACUGAGUGAUGUCGCGCUGGUGCAUGUUGGAGUUGCAGGUCAAGGGAUGAAAGCAUUUGAUCUCAAAGGUGACACAGACGAUAAUCAUAAAAUUAGCGUUGGGCGAGAUCUCGCAUCGGCGGGCAUACCACCAGUCGCCCCGGACACCGUGCCGCCGCCGCCGCCAUUGUCCUCUCAG